GAAUUUAUCUAUAUUUUUUAGACUGUACCUCCCCAGGGUGUCCACAUUGACAGAAAGGAAAGCCCAGGCCAUGCAGUCCAUGUGUGGAGUCUGGAAACAGAGCAUUCAGCCACUCCAGAGGGAAAGACUGGGAUACCCCAGGGGACGGGGCCCGUGGUGCCCUGCAGAUUCACAGCCCCCCCUGUGUACGGACGAGGACUGGGAUAUCAAAUGCCCAUCAGGAUGUAGGCUGCAAGGACAUAUUGAUACAACUGAACAAAGCCUGCUUGACCAUUUUGGCCAAAUAUGUGGCAGAGCAAAAGAAGACAGACAUAAAGCAGAGAAGACGAUGCUGUGGACCACGCAGAUUUAUGGAGCCAACAGGAAAACUAUUGUGGAAAAUUAUGUUGCUGAGGCUAAAUAUCUGGAGAUUCUGGACAAACUGCAAAAGAACCUUACAUCUCUGAGGAGUCAUGCAACUGAACUCUCAAUGAAAAUGAAGAGUCAAUAUGAGAGAAUUAAGCAGCAGAUAGCUGCCAUUUACCGCACAGAGGUGGACAUUGACAUCAGAAUCAGAGCUUGUCAGGGGUCAUGUAAAAACGCUGAGGUCUAUAACAUUGACAAAGAGAGCUACAGAUUACUGGGGAAAGAGCUGCAGGAAUUUCAUCAGAUCUCUGAGCAGGGGGAGCAACUGGCCGGAGAUACUAGGAGACUGAAAAAGAAGCCACUAAACGAUAAUGCCCCAAUAUUGCUUUCUUUCAAAAGGCUGCCCUUUGCUGAGCAAGAAUUUCUGACACAUUAUGAAGAUAUUGAACAAUAUGAACUGGAAGUGGAAAACAUGACAUGUGAUUUGAGUGAUAAGAAAUCAUUUAAUUGAGACUGACUACUAGCAUAAAAAACUGUGUGGUCUCCCAAACUCCAACUACUAUCAUUUGCAAACUCAGAUUGACUUUAUGGUGAUGUUGAUGCUUAAGCCAUUGGUUUGGUUUUUCCUGGCUGCUGAGUGAUUUGCUAAGUUAAUAUGACUGUCACACUCCUGAUGCUUCACCACUCAUGUCAUUUAUAUAUUAAAAACAAUGCCGGAAAUAAUGUAAGCAUUAGCUCAAAUAACAUUUCUGUACAUUUCUGUAUGUUGUAUUAAGGAGAUGAGAGACUAUUUAUUUUACAGUGCUGGAAAGUUUAUGAUAUUUAUGACCAGAGGUUAUCGGAAACUUUACAUAUGGUAAAAAUGUGUGAGCUCAUGUUGCUGGACAAAUGCAUUUAUUUCACAAACAUACCACAAAGUGUAGUGGUUAAGGUAAAUGACAGUCAAGGUCGGUGGUUUGAAUCCCGGUGCAGCACAGCUGUUGGGCCCUUGAGCAAGGCCCUUAACCUGCAUUGCUCCAGGGGAGGAUUGUCUCCUGCUAAUCAACUGUACGUCGCUCUGGAUAAGAGUGUCUGCCAAAUGCCAAAUGCCAAUAAUGUAAUGUAAUAAUGUACUUAUGUAGUGUAAUUUCAUUAGAACCGUCAUUAUUUUUGUGAUAAUAACCAAGGGAUGAAAAUGAA